AUGCACGUGGAUGCAAUUUGCAUGACACAACGGAAAGGUCCUGGACAAGAUGGGCUCGUUUUGCUGGCAGAUAUCGCCUCCCUCGUAGCCAGGAUAACGAAUCAUCUGGCCGUGGCCGUGGCAGAGGAUCAAAACAUCAAGGGGAGCAGAUUUCCAGGAUCCCGGCCAAUCGACACCAUGCACAGGCCUGCAUCCACCUCUCACCCACACAUGGCUGGCAGCGGGGCCUUUAUCCCAAGGAGCAACAGGACCCUCAACAUACGGGAAAGCUGUGGGGGAGGCUGCUCCUUUAUCUCUCAAGUCAAACGCGGACGUUACGGCAGAGCCAUGUUGGAGAGUCGAGACACGGCCAAAGGCCAAGCCCCUGUCGUGGUCCCAAACUGCUGGGUCAAGCCGGGGGACGUCCUGCCUCCUGAGCACCGUGAAGAGACUAGCCCGCCAGGGGAUGGCGGGAAGGCCUUCCCCGACGAUACUAGGCCUCUUCGUUUUGCCGGUCCACGUCCUUGGUGCGUUAGGCAGACAAUGUACGUAUGUAUGAUGGCUGCGUGUGCAAAACAAAGUGCGUGCGUGGCAAACAAGGAAACCCGCAAGGACCAGGCAGGAGCCUCGGAGGCCUGCAGGCCAGAGAACCGAGUUGAUCCGCGGAGCGUGGAAAAUCAAGCACAUGGCCGCCGCGGCCGGUUGAUCCGGUUCGUGGCCCCCGGCGGCAAGGCACGCAAGAUUGCCCUCUGCCACUUGCGGCUCGUCCGCUGCUUGGGAGCACGCAACCCCCAUGCUGAUUGUCGAAUGCUGUCCGUGCCGCCUGCCGAGUCGUCACUGCCUGCUGCACGGCCUUGCGGUUUUGUUCGUCGUCGUCAAAACUUGUUUUCUCGGGGACUUUGA